UGACUGUGAUACUGGAACAGAAUAAUUCUUCUCUGAAAACAAGAAGCCAGAAAGUGUAUCAUUGUAGUCACUGUGCAAAGGAGUGGUUCACAUAUUCCAACAGUUGUUAUUUCAUCGGUAUGGAAAGAAAGACUUGGAAUGAGAGUUUGAUGGCCUGUGCUUCUAAGAACUCUAGUCUUCUUUACAUAGAUGAUGAAGAAGAAAUGAAAGUUCUGAUGUCCCUAUCACUUGUAUCAUGGGUUGGAGUCUUUCGUAACAGCAGUGAUCAUCCAUGGGUGUCAAUAAAUGGCUCAACUUUCAAACUAAAAGUAAGAGAAUCAGGAGCUCAUGAACGUAAUUGUGUUGUGCUACACUCAGAAUUUCUUAAAUCAGAAAGUUGUGGAUCUUCGCAAAUGCAUUAUUGUAAGCAUAAGCCUUAG